AUGCGCCCGCGCCGCAAUCUCAAGGGCCAUCUCGCCAAAAUCUACGCCAUGCACUGGUCCACCGACCGCCGCCAUCUCGUCUCUGCCUCCCAGGACGGCAAGCUCAUCAUCUGGGACGCCUACACCACCAACAAGGUCCACGCCAUCCCCCUGCGCUCCUCCUGGGUCAUGACCUGCGCCUACGCCCCCUCGGGAAACUACGUCGCCUGCGGUGGUCUCGACAACAUCUGCUCCAUCUACAACCUCUCCUCCAGAGACGGGCCGACUCGGGUCGCCCGUGAGCUCUCGGGUCACUCGGGCUACCUCUCCUGCUGCCGCUUCAUCAACGACCGCCGCAUCCUCACCUCUUCGGGCGACAUGACCUGCAUACUCUGGGACAUCGAGUCCGGAGCCAAGAUCACCGAGUUUGCCGACCAUCUCGGAGACGUCAUGAGCAUCAGCAUCAACCCGACUUCCAACGACGUCUUUGUCUCUGGUGCCUGCGACAUGUUCGCCAAACUGUGGGACAUCCGUGUUGGCAAGGCCGUCCAGACCUUCUCCGGCCACGAGUCCGAUAUCAAUGCCAUCCAGUUCUUCCCCGACGGCAACGCCUUUGGAACCGGCUCGGACGACACCACCUGCAGACUAUUCGACAUUCGAGCCGACCGCGAGCUCAACGUCUACCAAGUUAGUAUUCCUCUUUUUUUUUCUUUUCUUUUCUUUUUCCUAGUUAAUAUAUACUAA